AUGGACGCCGCCCACCCAGUCGCGCCCUCUGCCCCGCCAGGCAAGCGCGCCGCCAGCGACGCGCACUCGGGGCCCCGCAUUGCCCACACGCUGACGGCCUGUGUGCGCUGCCGCACCAGGAAAACGAGAUGCGACCCCGGCCUCCCUCGCUGCGGCCCCUGCGAGCGCAACAACGCCCACUGCGAGUAUUUCGACCCGGCCAAGAACGCAAAGAUCCCGCGCAACUACGUCGUCCACCUGCAGCAUAAGGUCCGCGAUCUGGAGCGCCAGCUGGAGGAGCUGGACAAGGAUGACUUCGAGCCCGACACCGAGGACGUCGUGCGCGGCGCCGCCGCCGUGCGCAUCCACGAGAGCACCGAGAACCGCUUCCUGGGCCCGUCGAGCGGCAUUGCCAUCGUCAAGCUGGUCAUGCAGCUGGCCAAGCAGUUCACCGAUUCCAAGAGCAUUUCGGAAAUCGUCCCCGACUCGCAUGCGCGCCUCGUCAAGGAGGCCUUCCGUCAAGAAGAUGCCAAGCCCACCUCCAAGAUCUACCCUCUCGUGAGCGAUGUCGCCGCCGAGGAGUUGCCCACGCGCGACCUGACCAAUCUGCUCGUCCAGCUCUUCUACCUCAAAGUCCAACCCAUGUACCCUAUUUUGCACGAGCCGUCCUUCCUGCAAGACGUCGAAGCUGUUUACAACAAUACUGCCAAUGCAUACCAGAAUUUCAUGGUGCGCAUGGUCAUUGCCAUCAGCCUUCAGAAGAUGGAUACGCAGUAUGCAGGACUGGCUGAUGCGUACUACCUCGCAGCCCUGCGCUCCCUCGAGGCUGCGGUUAAACCAAUGGACUUGGGUACAAUUCAAUGCUUCUGCCUCAUUGCCGGCUAUUCUCUGACAACGCCUACCCGUACCGCUGUUUACUACAUAGUAGGCCUGGCCGUGAGGCUUGCCGAAGCGCUUGGGCUCAAUGAGGAGAAGACUGUCGUGCUCGGGAAGGGAGGGAAGAUGGCCGAUCCUCUUGAGGUGGACAUGAGACGGCGUGUAUUCUGGUGCAUCUUGACCAUGGACCUCGGCUUGGCACACAGUCUGGGCCGUCCAGCAAUUAUGGCGACGCGCCAAGAGCAUUUUGAUCUGCAGUUCUUCUCCAUGGUCGAAGACCAGUUUAUCCAGCCUACGGGCAUUUUGCCUGCGCAGCCUUGCCUCAAAAAGUGGAUUGCUAUCCACUUCUUCCGGAUGAGGCUGUUACAAUUGGAGAUUCGGAGAAAAUUGUACCAGAAGAAGAGACCCGAGCCGAAAGAUGACCAGGAUCCUUGGUUCCAACAGAUGGAAGCGAAACUAAUUGCUUGGAGAGACACGAGCCCCGAGGUUGACGGUGGAUCGGGUCUCAACAAAGUAUGGUUCGUCGGUCGCUACAACACGAUGAUUGUCUUCCUGUUCCGCCCUUCGCCACAAGUCCCUCGUCCCUCUGUUCGGGCCGCGACCCAAUGCUACGACGCUUGUGAAUACAACAUUUACAUGCAGCGCAAGCAGAUAGAGACGAGAAGCGUUGAACUCACCUGGAUCUUUACUCAGUCCAUUUUCAUGGCUAUCAACACAAUGUUGUGGUCGCUUUCCUACGCCGAAGUUCGUCGUAUGCAUUCUCGAGAAGACGUAGAGCGCCAUCUCCAGGUCGCCCUAGAUGCCAUCGACUUGGCUUCGGAGAGGUGGCCUGGUGUCGCUUCCGCCAGGGUCCUCUAUCAAAACCUCAUCGAGGCUUGCCUCAAGGUGUAUGGGAAGAAGGGGGACAUUCCGAUAUCUGCAACAUCCCCGUCCGACAGUACUUCGGCUCCGUCUCCGAGCGUAAGGGACGACGGUAGCACCAGAUCUCGAACUAUGAGCCCAGCAACGGUAUCCACCGGAUCACUAUCAACUCCCCCGGAGCGUCCCGAUGCGCCUUUCGGUUACAUCUCCCCCCAAACCAAGCUCGAUUUCAACAUGAACAACGACCAAAACCAAACCGGCUUCUCGAUGUACCAGUCCCAACAGCAUCUCCAGUCUACGCAGUCUACGCCGACAAAUUCCGUGUCAAUGACAGCUGACAUGAACAUGAGCUCGCCAAGUAGUAUGACAAGUAUUUCAAGCCCUGGAUUUGAGCAACAAAUGCAAUAUAAUGCGAUGCCAGUCUCUUUUCCCGAUUUACCCGCAUGGUCACCCUCUUAUACGACCUCUCAGGCCUCAGACGCGUUCGGCCAGUCAAUUGCCCACCAGCGGUAUCAGAACUCCAUGGAAGAAUUCUCCGGUGCACCUCUUGCGACAGCCGUCGGAGCUUUGUACACCGAUUACCUCGAGAACGAGCAGCCAUCAUGGAGCAUGCAACGAGCUGGCGUUGGGCUGAAUCAGGCGCAACAAUUCGAGCUUCUGGAAAGCCUUCAAACUCACGGACCAGAACAGAUUGAAAUGAUGAUCGAGGAGAGCAACGCAUUGUUUGCGCCAUCAUCGCGGCCAUAUUGA